UUUUAAAACACACCCACCCUAUUCUCUGAUAAACCUGCCCGAUGACUUUUGGAAACAGCAAAAGCAGGAAGGAAGGCAGAGGGUGUUACUGCUUCAGUUCACCUACACAACAGAGAGAGAGAGAGAGAGACAGUACUGUGCUACCACUGUGGUGAACUCCUGAGACAGUCACUGCAGGGAUUUCCACUAGAAGAGCAGUGACUGAGGGGACAAAAUGAACUUCAGCUUUAACAAAAUGAUGGGAGUUACUCUCCCAGGGAACAUUGGGGCUUUGUCGGAAGAACUUACCCUCACCGAUACAAAUGAUGGAAAUGUCAUUAUUGAGGAUAUUCAACAAGACUCUCCAGUUGCCAGAGCUGGUACUUUGAAAAAAGGUGAUCAAUUGAAUGCAGUAACAAUACAUUUUGACAAUCUAACCAGUGAAGAAGUUAGCAAAAUACUGAAAUAUUCGGAACAAUACAAAACAAGCUUAAAACUAAAUGCAAAAGAAGAACUCAGGAGUCCAGAUUUCAGACUGUCCAGUCCUGACAUGGGAUCUGGUGAUCAAGCUUACUUAAAGCUGUACAACAGCAAGAUUAAGCCACAUCUUAAGCUAGCAAAACCAAACCUGAGUGUUGGAAGCCUAAAUGGAGAGGUCAAUGUAAAAAAUAAAACAUCUUUUGGAAUAAAAGAGCCCAAGAUAUAUUCUCCUGAUAUUGACAUGAAGCUAAAGGCACCAGAAGAUAAUGGCCUCAAACUGCCAACAUCAAAUAUAGAUCUUGAAGCUCUGAACAUCCAAGCUAAAGUCAAAAGUCCAACUCUUGAUAUAGAUAGCCCAAGAUUUAAAAGCACCAAGCUUGAAGGGAAGAUAAAGUCCUCAGGGUAUCAAACACCAUCGUUUUCAAUUUCAAGAAACAAAUCUAAAAUGCCAGAAAUGGACGUGUCUGGACCAGAUAUAAACACUUCUAAUAUUGACAUUGGUGGUGUAAAUAUCCCUGAAACAAAUUUGAAAUUGCCAAAAGUACAAAUGUCACCCUUUGAUCUAUCAGGACCAAAAAUACCAGAUGUGGAUGUUGAUGGUUCAGUGAAAGGACCUGGCUUUGAUGUGUCUGUUCCAAAUGUUAAAGGAAAUUUUGCUGCACCAAAUGUUGAUGUGAAUUUUCCAAAAGGAGAGAUAAACAUUCCAGAUACAGAUCUUAAUAAACAAAAAUUCACAAUGCCAAAAUUUAAUAUGGCAAGUGAAAAUUUGUCAGCUCCAGACGUGAAGGUGAACAUGAAAACACCAACUGUGACAAGCGAGUUAGAUAGUAAAUUGGAGGUUCCGAACAUCAAGAAGCCAAGUGUCGACAUUUCCAGACUUGAAGGACCCAAUGUGAAUUUAGACGGCAAAGUAAACCUGCCAAAGGCUGACAUACCAAAUCCAGAGAUUAAAGGUGGGAUAGGAUCUGGUCAUUUAGACUUCAAAACACCUAAGAUCAGUGGAGACUAUGAUAUGCCUGAUAUGAACCUGGAAGUACCUGAUGUAAAACUGAAAAACACAGGGUUAAAGGCGCCUUCACUCAACCUUUCAGGAAAAAAUAUUUCUACUUCAGAUGUGCAUGUCAGUUUACCAACUGGAAAUAUAGAUGUGGCUAGUCCAAAAAUACAAGCUAAUGUCAGAAGUCCAAACUUGGAUAUAAAUGCUCCAAAGAUUGAUGGCCCUGGUGCACACAAAAAAUUUAAGUUCCCAAAAUUUAAAAAGCCCACAUUUUCAAUAUCUGGAAACAAACCAAAAAUGCCUGAACUUGAUGCAACCGCUCCAGAUUUGAAGACAGAUUUCAAAGGUCCAGAGGUUGAUAUUGGGGGAUUAAAAGGAAAUGCUGAUGUUCCUGAUGCAAAAUGGAAAAUGCCAACCCUGAAAGUGCCUUCAUUUGGAGUGUCAGGGCCAAAAGGACCUGAGGUGGAUUUUGAUGGUUCGAUAAAAGCACCACAUGUUGAUGUUGCUGUUCCAAAUGUCAAGGGAAACAUUGAGGGUCCAGAUGUUGACAUAAAUGUUCCAAAAGGAGAUAUAGAUGCAAACAUCCCAGAUGCAAAACUUAAGGGAGGAAAUUUCAAACUGCCGGGAUUCAAAAUGCCAAGUGGCAAACUGUCAUUGUCAGGUACUAAUACAGGACUGAAGAUGCCAAAAGGUCAGGUGGACCUUUCUGCUCCUGAUGUUCAGGGAGAUAUCAGUGGCCCAAGUCUUGAUAUGAAAGGCCCAAAUAUUGAUAUCAAUGCUCCAAGUGUUGAUCUUCCUGAAGCAAAAUCCAAAUGGAGCAUGCCAAAAUUGGAAUUGCCAUCCUUUGGUUUAUCGGCACCAAAAGGACCAGAUGUAGAUGUUGAUGGAUCAGUGAAAGCACCUGGUUUUGAUGUAUCUGUUCCAAAUGUUAAGGGUGAUUUUGCUGCACCAAAUGUUGAUGUGAAUCUUCCAAAAGCAGACACAGAUGCAAAUAUUCCAGCUGCUGAACCUAAAGGAGGAAAAUUCAAAAUGCCAAAGUUUAACACGCCAAGUGCAAAUUUGUCAGCUCCUGAUUUGAACUUGAACAUGAAAACACCAACUGUGGCCAAUGAUUUAGAUGCUGGAUUGAAGGUUCCAAAGUUCAAGAAGCCGAAUGUAGACAUUUCCGGACCUGAUGUGAAUUUAGAUGGCAAAGUAAAACUGCCAAAAGCUAACAUAACAACCCCAGAGAUUAAAGGUGGGAUAGGAUCUGGUGGCUUAGACUUCAAAACACCCAGGAUCGGUGGAGAUUACGAUAUGCCUGACAUGAAUUUUGAAGUACCUGAUAUAAAACUUAAAGGUCCAGGAAUUAAAAAGCCUUCACUUAACAUGUCUGCCGGCAACAUUUCCAUUCCAAAUAUGGAUGUCGGUCUACCAACUGGAAAUAUAGAUGUGGCUUCUCCAAAAAUACAAGCUGAUGCGGAAACUCCACACUUGGAUAUAAAUGCACCAAAUAUUGGUGACUUCAAUGCUGAAGGAAAAUUUAAGUUGCCAAAAUUUAAAUGGCCCACAUUUUCAAUAUCUGGAAACAAACCAAAAAUGCCUGAACUUGAUGCAACCGCUCCAGAUUUGAAGACAGAUUUAAAAGGUCCAGAGGUUGAUGUUGGGAGAUUAAAAGGAAAUGUUGAUGUUCCUGAUGCAAAAUGGAAAAUGCCAACCCUGAAAGUGCCUUCAUUUGGAGUGUCAGGGCCAAAAGGACCCGAUGUGGAUGUUGAUGGUUCGAUAAAAGCACCACGUGUUGAUGUUGCUGUUCCAAACAUCAAGGGAAACAUUGAGGGUCCAGACAUAAAUGUUCCAAAGGGAGAUAUAGAUGCAAAUAUCCAAGAUGCAAAACUUAAAGGAGGAAAAUUUAAACUGCCGGGAUUCAACGUGCCAAAUGGCAAACUGUCAUUGUCAGGUACUAAUACAGGACUGAAGCUGCCAAAAGGUCAGGUGGAUCUUUCUGCUCCUGAUGUUCAGGGAGAUAUCAAUGGCCCAAGUCUUGAUAUGAAAGGCCCAAAUAUUGAUAUCAAUGCUCCAAGUGUUGAUCUUCCUGAAGCAAAAUCCAAAUGGAGCAUGCCAAAAUUGGAAUUGCCAUCCUUUGGUUUAUCGGCACCAAAAGGACCAGAUGUAGAUGUUGAUGGUUCAGUGAAAGCACCUGGUUUUGAUGUAUCUGUUCCAAAUGUUAAGGGUGAUUUUGCUGCACCAAAUGUUGAUGUGAAUCUUCCAAAAGCAGACACAGAUGCAAAUAUUCCAGCUGCUGAACUGAAAGGAGGAAAAUUCAUAAUGCCAAAGUUUAACAUGCCAAGUGCAAAUUUGUCAGCUCCUGAUUUGAACUUGAACAUGAAAACACCAACUGUGGCCAGCGAUUUAGAUGCUGGAUUGAAGGUUCCGAAGUUCAAGAAGCCGAAUGUAGACAUUUCCAGACCUGAUGUGAAUUUAGAUGGCAAAGUAAAACUGCCAAAGGCUGACAUAACAACCCCAGAGAUUAAAGGUGGGAUAGGAUCUGGUGGCUUAGACUUCAAAACACCCAGGAUCGGUGGAGAUUAUGAUAUGCCUGACAUGGAUGUCAGUCUACCAACAGGAAAUAUAGAUGUGGCUACUCCAAAAUUACAAGCUGAUGUGAAAACUCCACACUUGGAUAUAAAUGCACCAAAUGUUGAUGACUUCAAUGCUGAAGGAAAAUUUAAGUUGCCAAAAUUUAAAAAGCCCACAUUUUCAAUCUCUGGAAACAAACCAAAAAUGCCUGAACUUGAUGGAAUCGCUCCAGAAUUGAAGACAGAUUUAAAAGGUCCAGAGGUUGAUAUUGGGAGAUUAAAAGGAAAUGCUGAUGUUCCUGAUGCAAAAUGGAAAAUGCCAACCCUGAAAGUGCCUUCAUUUGGAGUGUCAGGGCCAAAAGGACCCGAUGUGGAUGUUGAUGGUUCGAUAAAAGCACCACGUGUUGAUGUUGCUGUUCCAAACAUCAAGGGAAACAUUGAGGGUCCAGAUGUUGACAUAAAUGUUCAAAAGGGAGACAUGGAUGCAAAUAUCCCAGAUGCAAAACUUAAGGGAGGAAAUUUCAAACUGCCGGGAUUCAACAUGCCAAGUGGCAAACUGUCAUUGUCGGGUAGUAAUACAGGACUGAAGAUGCCAAAAGGUCAGGUGGACCUUUCUGCUCCUGAUGAUCAGGGAGAUAUCAGUCGCCCAAGUCUUGAUAUGAAAGGUGCAAAUAUUGACAUCAGUGCUUCAAGUGUUGAUCUUCCUGAAGCAAAAUCCAAAUGGAAAAUGCCAAAUCUGGAAACACCAUCCUUUAAUCUAUCAGGACCAAACAGACCAGACGUGGGCGUUGAUAGUUCAGUGAAAACAACUGGUUUGAAUGCACCUAUCCCAAAUACUAAAGGAAGUUUUGCAGCACCAAAUGUUGAUAUAAAGCUUCCAAAAAAGUCUGAUGAUUUGGAUGUGAAAAUACCCACAAUUGCCACUGAUUAUGAUAUGUCCAUUCCAGACAUGGACAUCAAGCUACCAAAACACAAUGUAAGAGGAGAUGCAGAUAUGCACAUUCCUAGUGCUGGAACUCAGAAAAAAACAUGGACUGACCCCAACAUAGAUAUGAAGGGGACGAGGUUCAAAGUUAAGUCGCCAAAUCUACCUGAUGAUUUUCGUGAAGUUGGUGUGGAUGUGAGCACACCAAGCCUUUAUGGCCAAGUGAAUGCUCCCAGAUUAAAUGUAAAUAGCAAUGAGAAUAUUAACAUGCAGAGUAACUUUUCAAGGGAAACAUUUAAAAUAAGAUCAUCAUCUUUAUCUGAUCUUGAUGAUGCACCUACACUGCCAAAAAGUGAUUCCAAUUUAAAAGCAAGAACUUCCAGUACUCUUCAUGUCACCGAUGAUGAUUCAAGUAAAAAAAGUAUGUUCAAGUUUGGAAAGCUGUUUAACUUCAGUCACAAAUCAAAAGGAUCUGUUGACUUCACAAAGGCCAAGGCUGCAGCUUCUUCUGGGACAUUUACAUCAAAGUUCUCAUUGCCAGAACUUGAGCUCUCUGUAUCUAAAGACUGA